AUGUGUGUGCUAUUCGCGGCGAGCACACGCAUCGUGAUUGCUGGCUCCUCAUGCGGGGGACGUUUGUGUGGCGUAUCAAAGAUGGAGAGAUGGAGAGCGCGGCGCCCUCGCCAUUGGAGCCGCGUCGAGGAGGGGGAGGGGCAUUCCGCGAUAAAUAUGGGUGGUACAUCGGGGCGUACUGUAAAUGGCGGUGGACAAACACAACCUUGUUUACUGGUUCCGGCCCAAGAUUCACGGAAACUUGCCAGGUUGGUUAAUCCCCAGCGCAGGCGCCAUUGCAUUGUGGACUUUGACCGCUAG